AUGAAACUGCACAAGCUUCAUAAUGCCAACUCGCUGGCCGGACCGGAAUUGGCCAAGUUGACGAAGCAGACGAUCGGCAAGCUGGACGGACACUACGAGGGCCUCGGAAAGAACAUUGCCGGCCUGCACGAAGAGAUGAAAGAGGGCCUCGGCGAGCUGGUCGAAUGCCAUCGCAACGCACUGACCAAAGUGGCCGAGCAGUCUACCUACGCGGCCGGCGCGCAGAUGAACGGCGCAAUGUGGGAGAUUGCCGAGGAAUUCGAGCGAAAAUGCGAAGCCCUACUUCCCCACGCCCGCAUCUACAACGACCAGCUGCGCGAUUUGAAGGAGAAGCUGGAGAACCUCGACAAGAAGGAA